UACGCAACAGAGAGCGUCACUCGGCAGAAGGGAUUGCGGGGCAAGGACGAAAUUAAAGCGAGCAUUUUUGAAUUCCAUUUUUGUUAAUCCCACUGAUUUUCUGAAGGGAUUAGCGGACCGAGUAAGAUAGAGGCACCAUUUGGCUCGCCUGGCUCUGAGCUGAUCGGGAGCUGCAGACAUUAAGUGUUUAUAGAGACGCGCCGUGAAAUCUUGAUGUCAGUUUCAAUUUUUAUUUUAAUUUUUUGAUCUCUCUGGACACAUUCUGGCCUCUUCCAUCUUAAUUUUUUGUUGCUUUUCUUAACACUUGGUCCAGGAGCGAUGGAAUUACCGCCAGCGCGCUUUUGACGCACGUUCUGUUGGGAUGCACAUGAAUCUGGGAUGUUGCGCAAGAAUAUAUAACUUCCUGCGGGCGAUUUCAUAUGACAGAACUGAAUAUGCAUUUCAACAUUUCCAUUUUGAGCUAAAUAUCCAGGAUAUAGGUGUAGCCCACUUUUUGUGAAUCACCGAUCCAAUGGAGGAGGAGAAAUCAGAAGGUUACAUUCUUUCUAAAUCCACUUGUCCUGUACCCACUGGGCUUCCCAUCAACUGGGGACUCAUAACCGGCCCUGUUCCAGAGCCUGUUUUCCCAGCAUCUUCACUGAGGACCUCACUGCCCCUUCCUCAAAGUUCAGCCUCACAUGCACUACAGACCAAAGUAAAAUCCCUGACUCAGAGAAGAACAAGAGGCAGGGAGAGGGAGAAGGACCGAGAGAAGCUGGACACAGGUGAGGUGCGCAUGGGUUGUCCGCCUGGGCAGAUUUCAUCUGAUGGGCUUCUCAGACAGAGGCAGAGAGCCAAAGGCCAGCUGUUUGUGCCGUCCUCCUCCUGGCGAUCAACUGCAGCUAAAGAUUUCAGUAGCAGCGAUGAAGAUGAGGAGGUAGAAGUUCAGGUCAGACUGGAAAUUCACAGUCCACCAGUGGACCUCCAAACAGAGCAGGAAACAGAAGAAAACGAGGAGAAGAACUCAGAACAAGAUGAAGGCCGGGGCAGCUCAUGUGGGCUUGGGGAGGGCACCAGUAUCGAAAGUCUUCUCUCAGAUAACUCAAGUAGUGGCAAGGACGAGCCAUCCCCUGCACCUCAUCUGCCUGUCCUCUCCUCCUCCAAUUCUAACACAUCUACUUCCCUUUCUCCUACAUGUUUAGCCAGACACUGGGCACCUCCAAAGGGCUUCUGGAGAGAAGCGCGCCCGGAAACUUUGCUUCUCAAUGGGGUUGGCCCUCACAACAUACCGUCAACUUUACCUUUAAAGGACUACACCCAGAUAGAGUCACCGGCGGAACCUCAGAGCAGGUCCAAACCACCUCAAUCUGUCAACAGGAAUGAGGCAGAAAGUGUUGUUGAGGACACUGAAGAGGCAUCAGUUUUUAAACAUUCAGAUAGUGUGGAAUUUUACCUGGACAGAGGGGAAAAAAGUGAAGCAGAUGGGGCUGAUUCGACAAAACAGCUGUGCAGUUCGGACAGCUGGGAAAACAUGUCUUCUCAAAGUGGAGUGCUGCAUGCCGAUCUGAAGCUUAGGGUGAAGGAGAGGGCCUACGCAAAGCUGAGGGAAAGACAACAAAACUGCAGAGAGAUGCAAGAUCGCCGUGGAGGAGAAAGCGUUGACUAUUAUGGGGAUAUAACAUACAGAGUUGAUUAUAAAGUAUCAGGGAACCACGAUGUUCUAGAAAGCACAGACACUGAACUUCUUGCUCAGGAACUGGAACCAUAUUUGAGGUCACUUCUGGUAAUAAGCGAUGAGCUACCUCUAAGCCCAAGGCAUGAGCAAGCCAAGCGUCUUCUGGAGCGAGCCAGGCUCAAGGCUCGCUCCAACCACUUCAAAGACAGCCGUCCCCGCCGCUCUCAGUCUGAUCAGAGAUCAUCAGUGAAACAUCAGCAAGUAGAAACUCCCAGUCACACAACAGUGCAUAGAGGUGUUCAAACUAAAGAGGAGCCUCCAUCUCAGGCCUCGUCUGGUCCUCUUCUGGUUCCCACACAAAGAGACACAUCUCCGGGUGAGCAAGCAGGUCGACCCAAACGGUAUGGCUGUUCCCCCACACGUGUACGCUUCGAGGAUGAAUCUGAGAAAGAAGCUGAGUCCCGUUAUUUGGACAGAAUGAGACAACGCGGCAGACCUGGAAUGCCCAAGUCCAGAACAAAAGACAAUAAUACAGACUCCAGCAGCAGUGGCUCGGAGAAGAGCAGAAGCAACAGAAGCAUUUCUUUGCCACCUACUCAGAAACAAGAGGAUCUUGUGACAACUGAUGAAACAACUGUUAUUAAAGAAAUAAUAGUACUGGUGAAAAAAUGUGAAACAUGUGGCUCCGUAGUCAGGGAACCUCAGCCGGUCUCCUCAUCAUCGGAGGUGCAAAACAGUGAGCCACAGCAAAUCGUUGUCCCUGAGGACCCACGGGGGAAAUCAACCCCUGUCUGUGCGCCAUCAAACAAACCAGAAGUGAGCACUCGCCCUAAGGCUCCCCUUACUGUUACGUUUGCUGGAGCUUAUGUGCUGGGAGAAAAUAAGGAAAGCAAUUCAGGAUGGAAGUCUUCAGGCUUUGGAAAACUGAGGAGGCGGAGUAGAAAAGGCGAAAAUCGUUUAGAGUCAGGCCACGGACCUUACGGCCCAUCUUGGGCACAGAGACGAAACUCUAAUCCACGGAAUAGGGUUAACUUAAGCAGAGCUGUUACGUUUGCGCCUGGGAGCCCCGUUGCCUUAGAGCCACAUUUGCUGGAGGCAUCUGGGGGAUUUAGAGAACCGCCCGCCCCUUCGCUACCUAUAAAAUCAGCUCUGAAGUCAAGCUCUAGAAAUCGAUCUGCAGUGAGUCAGUCAACAGUUCAGUUUCACGUGUCUCCAGUUCAGGGAGGAGAUAGUGGGUCCCAAUCUCUAGAUUCCCCAGAGACAAGAAGGGAAUCUCCUAUUUCUUCAAACCAAGGGUCACCAGCAACAAGCAGCCCGGUAUCCUGUAUCAGGCCUUCCACUCUGAGAUACUCCCCAGCUAGACCCCCAACUGAUCUUCCAUCUGCUGAGAUCUGGGAUGCAAAUUCAGAGGUAGUAGGUCUGAAUGGAGAAACUGGUCCUGGUUCAGAAUUUCGAGCUCUGCGUGGCAUGGGUAUGUCUCGGGCUGAGGAUCUAAGAGCUGAACUGCUGAGAGCUGAACAUCUGAAAGCUGAGGCUUUGUGGGAAGAGAGCUCUGAUGGUUCCAGAAAACUUGAUGGAAGGCCAAAGCUUUUCUUGCGUCGUUUCUUUUCUUCCAUCGGACUAAACAGCGUCGGCAGACUUGUAAAAGGUGGUCGCUCCAGUAGCAUGGAACAGCUCAGUCUUCCCACCGUCCAGCGGGCAAGUUCAGCCUCGCCAAGCCCCACACGGAGACCGCAGCCCACCAUUCGUAUACAGAGAACACCCUCGCUGCAAACCCUGAACACAGUGCUCCCACUGGCCCAGCUGCGUAAAGCCUCCUCUGUGCAGAGUUUAGAGAGAAGAACAGAUCGCUCAACAAUUCUGGGAGAGGUCCAGAUACCAUAUGGCUUGGCACCCAGCCCUGAUAGCCCCCAGAUUGAGAUUCACAGGGCCUUAAGUGUUGAAGAUGUAGUUGUGGCCAGAAUGGUUCAUCCAAUGGGCCGAGUUACCCAGGCUUUCCCUGAUGGAACUAUCCUGCUGGAGCUCAUCAAACCCCCCAGUGGACCCUUUGGUUUCGUCAUUUCAAGGGGAAAAGGUCGGCCAGACACAGGUGUAUAUGUCGAGAAAGUCGGUGACGGUGGUGUAGAGGGCCUACUGGGCGUUGGUGAUGAAAUCCUACAGGUUAAUGGGGAGGCAGUGGCAGGACACAGUCUGGACCAGGUGACCCGCCUCAUGACUCGGGAAAGCACUGCAACGCUCCGCAUCUUGCCUGCCCGACGCAAUCUGCGCUGAACUGGCUGGAUAGACCUGGCAAACAGCCUAUUCCCCCUGGAAUCACAAUCACCCACUGCUCAUGCACUGCAAACCGGCUGGAUCGUAUUGUAUAUGUGAGACACAGUAGGUUUUGGUAAUACUAUGAAUAGCCAACAAAGAGAUCAUUUCUUUUAGAGCAAACAAAUUCAGCUGCACAGGGAUCUUAGAUGUUGUGAUUACUGUGUAUUGUGAUAUAGAAUAGGAAUUCAGACCUGGCACCUUUUUAUGACUGAACUAUGAUAAAUAGCUCAAUUCAACGAAUUGUUUUUCUUUUAUAAGAUGCCAGUUUACUACAAAAGUCACUCUUAAGGUACUUUGCAGGACUAGCACUUCCCCUUAAACAUGCAGAAAUAUAUAAUGUACUCAAUACAAUCACAUAGGCAGAUUUAGAUUUGACUGUGUGUAUUUCACUUUGAUCCUAUUUGCAGCUAUCCUCCCUUGAGAGCAAAUAUUCAAUGUGUCACCUUGAUUAAAUUAAAACAAAUUGAAAUGAAUUUAAUUUAUUUGAAUGAACAAAAAUGAGCACUUUUAAAAACAGUCAUCCCCAUGACCGUUUUUGACAUUUUCUGGUAUUACAACCACUAAUUGCAUUGUAUUAUGCUUUGAGAUUGAAGAGUAAUUGCUUUGGGAAUGAAGAUGGGAAAGAAAAUAUUGAAUGGUUUCGACUUCACAACCUAUUACAAUAAUAAAUCUGGAAAGUUUUGUCUCCAUAUGUUUCUAACUUCCUUCAAAUCAAAUAUUUGUACAUGCAUAUUUCAUUUUAGUUUCAGCUACAGAUUAUGAGACCAUUAGGGUGUGUUCCUACUAGCUUAUCUUAUCAACGGUUUGGAAGGAGAGCAUCUGUAUUAAUCAUGACAUAACUCUGCUUCAAAAUACAAUAACUUUACCCUUAUGUGCUCAAACAAGGAAUUCUUGCAUCUGUUGGAUCCAUUGAAGCCUGUUGAUUACUUUAACAGUUUCAUGUCUCACCCUGCUAACCUGAAACAAGUGAGACAGUAACGAUUCUUAAUUAGAUCCAACAGAUACACAAACUCAUAAUAUUUAGGAUUAAUUAAACGCUGAUGGACUUGGAUUUUGAUUUUGAGACACUUGAUGGUACUGAAUUUUAUUGAGGGUAUAAGAGUUAAGGCGGCUGAACACAAAUGCACAUAAAUGCCAUGUGGCGGAAAACCAUACACUAUUUCACUUUUACUAGAUAAAAUAAAACAUAUAUAGAUUUGUGGUUGUUAUAGGGAAAGAAAACAAACAGGAAUAAAUAAAAAAUGUAUCACUUUUAUUUAAAAAUAUAUCAGUUUAAUAUAAAAUAAUAUCUGGAAUUUCAUUUUUAUAUGUUUAGUUUGGUCACAUUUGUCACAUUUAAAACUGCCUGGUAUUUCUGUCUUUUUUUUCAGAUAAGUGUCAAAUUGUAAAGAAUCUGAUAUUGCUCAGUCCAAAGACAACAGAUAAAAGUCUGUUUUAGUGAGAUGGCCAUUGUGUGGACCACAUGCUUCCAAACAUUGCUUUCACACCACUAGCUGUUAUUUACAUUUUUUUUUUUGGU